GUACAUGUAUUGGACAGACUGGGGCGAGAUCCCAAAGAUCGAGCGGGCGGGGAUGGAUGGGACGAAUCGCUCCAUGAUCAUCGACAGAGAGAUCUACUGGCCCAACGGUCUGACUCUGGACUACAGCCAGGAGAAACUGUACUGGGCCGACGCCAAACACAACUUCAUCCACCGCUCCAACCUGGACGGAUCCUCCAGGGAGGUGGUGGUUAAAGGGGAGCUGCCUCACCCGUUCGCCCUCACCCUGUACGAGGACACGCUGUUCUGGACCGACUGGAACACCCACUCCAUCCACUCCUGCAGGAAACAGACCGGAGCCGAGCAACGCAUCGUCCACUCAGACAUCUUCUCACCGAUGGACAUCCACGUCUUCAGCGCCAAGAGACAAAACACACUGGUGAGCAGUCCGUGCUCGGUGAAAAACGGAGGAUGUUCCCACCUCUGUCUGCUCUCGCCGGUGAAGCCCUUCUAUCAGUGUGCCUGUCCCACCGGAGUCCAGCUGCUGGAGGACGGGAAGACCUGCAGAGACG